AUGAAUGCUGAGAGAGGCACAGAGCACAGCAGUCGUGGCCACAGUGAUUCCAAAACAGCUGGGAAAUGCCCAGAUGCUGGUUAUGAGGGAAACAUGACUGCCACAGUGCUCUGGGGUUCCUGGUAUGACCAUGUAAAAGGAUGGUGGAAGGCAAAAGAUAAGCACCGUAUUCUCUACCUCUUCUAUGAAGAUAUGAAGGAGAAUCCAUAUCAAGAAAUUCAGAAGAUUCUGAAGUUCCUGGAGAAGGAUGUGGAUCAAAAGGUUCUCAACAAAAUACUCCACAACACCUCGUUUGAGAUAAUGAAGGAAAAUCCCAUGACGAACUACACCAAAGAGUUCCAGGGAAUAAUGGAUCACUCCAUUUCCCCAUUCAUGAGAAAAGGGGUUGUCGGGGACUGGAAGAAUUAUUUCACUGUGGCACAGAAUACGAAAUUUGAUGAAGAUUAUAAGAAGAAAAUGGCUGAUACCUCUCUCGUUUUUCGCACAGAAUUGUGA